AUGUUCUUGCCCUUUUCUUUGCUGAUGGCCCUGGUGGUGCUCAGCUGCCAGUCCAUCUGCUCUCUGGGCUGUGAUCUGACUCAGACCCACAAACUGGGUCACAGGAGAGUCUUGAGGCUCCUGGCACAAAUGAGGACAAUCUCUCCUUUCUCCUGCCUGAACGACAGAUAUGACUUUGGAUUCCCCGGGGAGGGGUUUGAGGGCAACCAGUUCCAGAAGGCUCAAGCCAUCUCUGUCCUCCAUGAGAUGAUCCAGCAGACCUUCAACCUCUUCAGCACAACAAAUUCAUCUGCUACUUGGAAUGAGACCCUCCUCGACAGACUCUGCACUGAACUUUAUCAGCAGCUGAAUGACCUUGAAACCUGUGUGAUGCAGGAGAUGAAAGAAGAGACGCCCCCAGUGAAUGAGGACUCCUUCCUGGUUGUGAGGAAAUACUUCCAAAGAAUCACUCUCUACCUAAAAGAGAAGAACUACAGCCCUUGUGCCUGGGAAGUUGUCAGAGCAGAAAUUAUGAGAUCCUUUUCUUCAUCGACAAACUUGCAAGAAAGAUUAAGGAGAAGGAAGUGA